AUGUCAAGUUAUCUCUCAUUUAACAAAUGAUGUAAGUCGUUACAACAAAUAAAAAUAAAAACUAAACUUUAAAAAAAUAUGACGAAGUGGUUUUAACACCGAAAAUGCGGAGAAACAUCAGUGCUGCUUUGGGUUACAUAUAAAUUUUAGACCACAACACAAUUGCAAUUAUUAUUAAAACUAUUUAGGCUCACAGGUUAAAUUGAGUCCUGUAAGAAAUGUCAACAAUACGGUCCGCAGCCUCGAAGGCGCUUCGAUUCGGUGCAGUACGUUUAUUCGCAGUGCCACUAAGACGAAGCACCACAUUUAAUCUAAGUACUUCAAUAGCUUCGUCUUCGUCGAGACGGCGUCGAUACGCCGUACAUGCUGCCUCACUCGGGCUAGCGCUCAUCGCUGCUGAUUAUGUAUAUAAUGAAAAAAGAUUUUUUAUUGCUGCAAAACUUGGGAAUGUUCAAGAACUUCGAAAACAGUUAGAAACAGCAAAAAAUGACGGACGAAAUUCUGGUGAUGGCGAAGGUGGGCCAGCCGACAGACGACACGCUUUGGGCUGGACGGCUUUGAUGGUCGCGGCUGCCAACGAUCAGCCAGCUACAGUGAAGGAACUACUUCGUCUUGGAGCAAAACCCGAUCUACGUGAACAAUACGCAGGGGCCUCUGCUGCCGCGGCCUCAUCUGGUACACAUCCACUAGAGGUUUUACAGAGACGAGAAGAUGAAUUCUGUAGUGCAAUGAAUGCCCGCGCAUCUUUCUUAGGCUGGACAGCUCUUCACUACGCUGCUCUAUCUGAUUCGUCAACGUCUGCCAAAGCAUUGCUGGAAGCCGGUGCUGACCCUACAGCACGAGACCAUGCCGGACGUCGAGCGCUGCAUUAUGCUCGGGACCCUUCUACCACUCGCGACGUUAUUCUCGAGCACAUUCAUCGCUGGGAAGAGACCGCUGCCGCCGCCGCAGCUGAGGAACGACGUCGGUUUCCCCUCGAACAGCGUUUAAAACAGUAUAUCGUUGGACAGACGGCGGCCAUAGAGACUGUUGCCGCUGCUGUGCGCCGGAAAGAAAAUGGCUGGGCGGACGAAGAACAUCCGCUUGUUUUUCUCUUUUUGGGAAGCUCCGGAAUCGGUAAAACUGAACUUGCGAAACAGCUUGCUAGAUAUAUGCAUCGUGAUGAUCCCGCGGCGUUCAUACGACUUGAUAUGUCCGAAUACCAGGAGAAACACGAGGUAGCCAAGCUGAUCGGAGCUCCGCCGGGAUACGUAGGUCACGAAGAAGGCGGUCAGUUAACGAGGGCGCUCGCUCGGCGAGCGGACGCUGUAGUCUUAUUCGACGAGGUGGACAAAGCUCAUCCUGACGUUCUCACAGUGCUCCUGCAGCUCUUUGACGAGGGACGCCUCACUGAUGGAAAGGGUAAGCUGAUCGAGUGCAAGAAUGCGAUCUUUGUGAUGACGUCCAACUUAGCGUCGGAUGAAAUCGCGCAGUAUGGUCUGCGACUGCGACACGAGGCAGAGGCGCUCGCUGCGCAGCGGGUUCGACCCGCAAUCGCCGCGCCUGCUGCGCCCGCCGCACUCACCGACCAGACCAGAAAAGAGUACGACGAGAAUUCCGAAGCCUUCGUUCCGUCUGAGGGCGAGGGUGAGCAGGAGGAGGCGUUGCAGGUGUCGCGCAAGUUCAAGGACACGGUGGUACGACCCAUCCUCAAGCGGCAUUUCGGGCGCGACGAGUUUCUCGGCCGCAUCAACGAGAUCGUGUACUUCCUGCCCUUCUCGCGGCAGGAGUUGCUGACGCUUGUGCAAAUGGAGUUGCGCGCUUGGGCGGAAAAGGCGCGUGCCAGACAUGCUGUCGAGCUCCGUUGGGAAGGCGGCGUCCUGGGCGCGCUCGCCGACGGAUACGACGUUCACUAUGGCGCGCGUUCGAUUAAGCACGAGGUGGAGCGGCGCGUAGUUAACCAGCUGGCGCUGGCGGCCGAGCGCGGCGCCGUGGCGGGCGGCUGCUCCGUGCUGCUCAGUGCGCGUGCCGGUCGCCUUCUGCUCGCCGUGCGCAAGCCGCCGCAGCGUGAUUACGUGCCGCUGGACCUCACCGCGUGAGACCGUUAAUAAAUCCUCGACGAA